ACGCACAGUCGCGCGCUCCUCUUGUAAGUGAACAGCAGCAGAGACCGUCAGAGUCGGUCCACACGUCCCGCGUCUUCUGCAGUCUUCGCCGAGUUUCGCUUCUGUCGUCUUGUGGGGGUCUUUUGGCUCCUCAAAGAGGCGCCAUGGAGAAGAUGUCCCGAGUGCACGUGAGCGCCUUGAAUCCAUGCUUCCUUCCUGCGGCUUCUCAUGGAGUCCUCAAGUCUCUGCUGGAGAACCCCGUCAAGCUUCCCAUGCACCAUGAAGCUUUCAACAAGGAGAAGGAGGAGAAGCUAGAGGAGGACAACAGCGCCCCCCAGUCGGCCUUCCUGGGCCCCACCCUGUGGGACAAGACGCUGCCCUACGACGGAGACAACUUCCAGCUGGAGUACAUGGACCUGGAAGAGUUCCUGUCCGAGAACGGGAUCCCCACCAGCCCCGCCCAGCACCCGCCGCACGCUCUGCCACCGCUGCCGGGCCACCCGCCCAUCAUGGCCCCCGCGCCGUCGCCCUCGGUGAUGGACCUCAGCAGCCACGCCUCCACCUCUGCCUCGCCAAACUGUCUGCACGGCAGCCCCGCCGCGAGAGGUGCAUCUAAGCCCUUUCAAAGCCUCAGAAACACUCCCAGCCCCAUCGACCCGGACUCCAUCCAGGUCCCGGUGGGCUACGAGCCCGACCCGGCUGACCUGGCGCUGUCCAGCGUGCCGGGCCAGGAGAUGUUCGACCCGAGGAAGCGCAAGUUCUCCGCGGAGGAGUUGAAACCUCAGCCAAUGAUUAAGAAAGCUCGCAAGGUCUUCAUCCCCGAGGACCUGAAGCAGGAUGACAAAUACUGGGCCCGGCGCAGGAAGAACAACCUGGCCGCCAAGCGUUCGCGAGACGCCAGGCGGCUGAAGGAGAACCAGAUCGCCAUCCGAGCCGGCUUCCUGGAGAAGGAGAACUCUGCUCUGAGGCAGGAAGUGGCCGAGCUGCGCAAAGAGCUCGGACGCACCAAGAACAUCCUGGCCAAGUACGAGGCGCAGCACGGGAGGCUAUGAGCGCGCACAUACACUGUAGUAAUGGCUCCACUCACUAGAAAGUGAAGCUUCCAUCAAAAUGGAAGAAUAGUUGGGGUUUUUUAUAAUGUGGUCAUCAGGGGGCAGCAGAGCUCAUAAAAUGAAUGAAUGGUGUUUGCUCCCGUGCCAACAUUGCAUUGUUGGCAGCUUUACUUUGAAGUGAGUCGAGCCAAUUAGAGGCCAGAAUGUCUCCGCCCACCUCUAAGCUUCGCUGAGCCCGCCCCUCUCGCUAACUCUGCAAGUGUGUAUGUACGGAACGCGUGCGCGCCAGCCUCGUCAAUGUGAACCGCCUUCUGCUCUGCUCUUUCAAGAAAUGAGCCCAAAAUGCCAAAAAUGUUUUUUUUUUUAACCCCUCAGAGUUCGUUGUAAGCGUGAUUUGACGCCAUCAGGGAGCAAAUACCUUAUUAAUGACCAACCCAAAGAGCAGCAGAGAUGUUUUAUUUUGCUUUACUGAGCAGCUCAGGAAGCUAAAGCGGCCAGCUAGCAGGAGCUAGCAUUAGCGGUUAAAGCUAAAGCUAAAGCGUCAUGACAUCAAAAAGCCGUUUUGUGGAAUCACAAUAUAUUUUCAAUGUUUGAAAUGGAAAAAAACACAACUUACUUGGUUUUAAGUGUGUUUAGAAAGCAAACCGUGCAAUAAGUUGGCUGCUUUUCUUUUUUUUCCUCUGCGGUGUUCUACCAGUGUGUAGCUCAGUGCUGCCCCCAGUGGCAGAGCGAGGCAUGAAUGUAUUAUUGUCUUACACUUUGAUAAUGGAUCACUUUAGUACUGCAGACCAAAAGAAAGACCUUAAAGGAUAUAUUGAUAUAUAUUCCAAGUUGAAAUGUUUAUAUCGGUGUUUUUGUACAGUCUCUUUUCCUACUUAGAUAUUGGAUGUGUAUUUUGGAAAGCGUUACUUUAAGCACUACAGUGUUCAUUUAGAAAGCAAACUACGGGCAUUACGCAAGUGUUGAAUUUUGUCUUUUUCCAGCGUUCGAUUGAAAUACCUCGCCUGAAAUACCUGGUCGAUGACGUUUAUAGCGUGUGAAUGUAGUCACCCAACACAAAGCACUUAUUUUCUUUUUCUGCUGUCAUGUUUCAUUCUUUCCUUUGUCUCUUACUGUGGGUUUUAAGACAUUUGUCCUCAGUUUGACCCCGAACGUUGUCAAUAAAAGAAAAAAAAAUCU